AUCGUCACGUGAUAAAAGUUCAUUGACUUGUCGGUCGUGGCGUCGUGGCGCUCUUGUCCUUGAAAAACGUAAACAAAAAAAUGCACACAGAGAGCGUCUGAAAUCAUUUUGUUGUUUGCACGAUUAAUGGAUUAAUGUUAAAUUGUUAAUUAUUUAGCCAAUAUUAACAUACCGACCGCUAUUCUGGGGUCAAAGCAUUGUGAGGGAAAGAAUAACUAAAUAGUUGCUUGGUUGUGGAUUCGAGACUACAUGUACUCAACAUGCAGAACGCAAAUGACAACCGGUGGGCUGCAAUCAGCCCCAAAGUGGCCGAGUAUAUCGAAGAGGAAAACACCGAGGCCCUGAAGAAUCUCAGCGCUUGCGGGGAUGUGGAACGCAUGCGAGACGGUGUCAGCGGAGGGAACUUGCUGCACACCAGUAUUGCGAAGAGGAAGAGCAAGGUGGCCCGAUUCCUGCUGGAGAGCUUUCCUUCUCUGCAGUAUGGCGUGGACAAGCGAGGGCUAACCCCUCUCAUGUACGCUUGCGUCCACAUCGAACAGGACCUGGAUCUGAUCCGCAGAAUGGCCAAAGUCGAUGGCUCGCUGCUCAAUAAACAAGACACUGAUCUCCAAAUGACGGCCCUGAUUCACUUAACCUCAAAGAGAUGUCCGCCGUUGAAGGCCUUGGAGAUUCUCAUCGAGUGUGGGGCAGACUUGAACAUUAGAGAUUCCAAGGGCUUCUCUGCACUGACACACGCCUUGGCGUCAAUGCAGCCUGAAGAACUGCUGUUCACCUUACUUCGAGCUGGCGCAAUUGUUGAACCAAGGGAUAUUUUGAGUCAGUACAUCCGUGCCUGCUGGUGGCCCAUAGUCAAAGAAAUCCUGGACAGAAAGUUGAUGGACAUCAACGCCGAAUUUGAAGGACGAACUUUGCUCACCCAGUAUGUCUGGCUUGGUAUGUUGGAAGAAGUUGAGUAUUUACUCGAGAAAGGUGCAAAUCCUGACGUAGGACGAGGAGCUCUACUCGAAGCUGUAAAGCUUGGAUGUAUUGACACUUGCAAUCUCAUCAUCAAGUUUGGUGCCGAUUCCAAAAAAUUCGCCUCAAGCUUAAUCUCGGAAGUGUUCAAAAGCAACAGUACAUCUUUGCAAAACCUAAUUAUGAACCUUGAUGGAGUGCAAGCCUGCCAAGAAUUCACUUUCAUGCACGGAACUCAUCCUCAAACUAUUGCCCUUGAGAGUAGUUCGCCUCGCUUAUUGAAGUUCGUAUUGGACCACCCCUACUUGAAAAAUGACACACUCCUGAUUGACAUCCCUGACGUCUUCAAUGGGAUAGAAUUGUCUCAUUUUCCUUUGAACAUUUCGUACACCUCUAUAAUUCCCUUAGUUGCGCCUCUGUUCUUACCCGGUUCAAAUGCUUAUGCGUGCCCGUUUUUUGGAGAACCACAAAAAACCCUCUUGGACAUGAUGAUGGAGGCCAAAUUCACCGCAGCUACCCCAGACAAACUAACUCAAUCGCCGCUCAGCAUGCUUUGCCAAAAUUUGAGGUCAAAGUACAAUGAUGUAGAAACUGUGGCCCUGUUUCACAAAUAUUUCAACUACAUGAUAAAUAAUGGUGCAGAUGUCAAUCAGAUUUGUUGGCAUGCAAUUCCAACUCGGUAUUGCCCUGGAUACCCAGAAAUCUUUUUGUACCUGAAAGAGGUGUUGCUUGUCCCUGAUGCACUGCUGGGUUCCUUCUGGACUUUACAAACUGGAGCAAUCGUCCGAUUGCUGCAAUACUGGAAACAACCACCAGCAGCCCUCUUCCUGGGCUACUAUCAGUUCUUCAACAGAUUGCGCGAACCAACAAUUAACUACAGUAGAAUGCUGACAAUCCUGCUGCAUUUCGGCAUUCCUCAUGGAUCAGAGGUCUUGGAGAAAGUCAAGAAAGUCAUCGCAAAAUACAUGGACGAAGAGUCUCUAGAAUACGCCAACAAGAUCAUCAAUAAUUAUUAUGCACAACCGCUAUCGCUGGAGAAACUUUGCAUUCAUGCUAUCAGGAGCAAUUGCAAGGUGGGAAAGGGUCAACUACUGCCCGAAGCCCUUGCUACUCUCCCUUUGCCUAUACCAUUGCUCAGACGUCUGCAGUUUAAAGUGGAUGAGGCCAACAUUGUUGCCAUCGAUAUGCAUCUAAAUGAUUUUGUCACUGGAGCUGUGCCGAGCUUCCAUCUUAUUUAAAAAAAUGGAUAUGCCUUUUUCACGUAAUUCUACGUGAUUUAUAAAAUUUGCAUUUAUAUUUUUGUAAUAUUCAACAUGAAUUUUGAAUACUGUAAAUCUCUAAUUUAAAAUGCUCAUUUGAGAUUGUAUCGUAUUUUAAUAACUCUUUAGAGAUAAAUAUUCCAGGGCUACAAAUUUCACGCGCAUAAUGAUUUUGUGAUAUAUGUUCUGUGUUGAUAUUCAAACUUGAGUAUAUUUUUUUAUAAGAUUUAGAGGAGCUUGAAUAAUUUAGUGUCGUAAAUGGACCAAAGUGUGAAGUAAAAAUAUAUCGCUUAGGAAAUAGUUAUUAAAUUUUGAAACUACUUAAAUCUGUAUCGAGUGUAAUUUCAAUUUUCAAAAAUAAAUUAAAUAAGAGAUGGAAAAAAUUCCGUUUUUAUUAUAGAAGCUU